AUGGCUAAGAAAAUAGAGGUCUUCGUAAAUAUUGAAACAGAACAGCAAUUAGAGUACGUCCUGAAUCAAAAUCAAAAUCGGCUGAUCUGUGCUGAUGUGUACAACUCCUUCGCAGGGCCCUGCACAGUUCUUGACCACCUUUUUGUGAAAAUAAAACUUGACUGGAGCGAUGGGAACAUUGUGCUAUUAAGGGUGUUAAUUGAUGCAAUUCGGUUAUUGAAUCGUUUCCACAGUCAAAGCGAACCCGUUUUUCUAUUUAUUAUGAAUCGAAAAAUAACUCGAAUCUUCCGUGGAGUUGACAACAUGAGAUUUGCGCAGGCUGCGAAGUUAGAAAUAGAUUAUUUUAAACAAUUUCAAGAUGGUAAUCCAGUUGAUAGAGUGACAUAUGAUUUAGAUGAGGCAUCUCCAGAAGAAUUAGAAUGGCACGAAGGACUUAUGUUUGAGAAACAAGAAGAAGAUGCCAGAUCACAGGCUCGUAGAACGGAAAGACAAGCGGCUCGCAAGCGUCACAGGGCUGAAGUGAUGAUACCAUACUUGCAGCAUCUAAACUUCGUUUUGUACUGGCCACAUAUGAUCCACGCACAUCCUGAACUAUAUGAAAGAUGGGACGUUAACAAUAUCAUCAUGGUGGGUCGCGAAGAGAUUCAACUAACAAAGGAAAUGGCUUAUGAUGUGCUGUAUGCUGGUGACGCAGCGCUGAACGAGGCUUCCUUGCAUAUGCUACUCUCUGCACCAGCGUUAGCCAUAUGUUUCCGAUUGCUCGAUACGGAUAAACAUUUCGUUUCACUAGUGCGCAGAAUUCUAUAUGAAGAAGUGGCACCAAUAGACGAAACCAAAUCUUUAGAAGAUGUAAAUGCCCUGAAGACUGCUUUUGAUACAUAUAAGUCGUAUAGCUGUACAAGAGAGGAAAUUUUAAAGAAUCGUAGAGAUGCUCGUCUGAGGAAAAAGGAAGAAGUUGUAGAAAAAAGAACAAGAAGGUUGUCCGAGAUGCAAAGGUUAGCGAGACAAGCUAUUGAUGAAGCUAUACAAGCUAAAAGAGCCGCAAAGGAACUACAAAAGAUUCAGCUGCUUAAGAGUGGUAAUUUAUCGGCCUUGGAAAACUUGAAACAAGAACUUGAUGACGAUGGAGUGGACAUCGUAGUACCAGAGGCAUUGUCUGACUUAGAAGAGGAAAUAGACAGUGAGUCAGAAGACGAAAACGAGUACUUUCCACCCGCCAACCUCCUGAUACCAGGGUUCUAUGCUCCUCCCAAUGAUGUGGCGAAAACCAACGGCCUAGCCAUUUUAUUUCCUAAAAUUGUUUUGGAGAAGGUUACUCCGGAACCCGAGUUUCUACCACCACACGUCCUCGUCAUGUUUGAAAUGGAAAAACGUUAUAAAGCUAUCAAAGCCAUAUAUAAUCACAGGAGGGAAAUUAUACAUAUGGGUAUUUUUAAAACAACCAGCCCAAUCAACGCCUCUUAUCAUAUCGCAUACAGCGUCAAACAGUUUGAUGUCAUGCAGGGAAGCAAAUCCUACAAAUUGGACAAAUUAAGAUUGGCGUUCAUGGUCUCCGUGAAGUCUGAUCUGGCUUUGCUGGAGCUAGUUGGCAUCGGACCAGUGUAUGUCAGUCGCGACUCGACCACAGGAGAAGACGAGUGUGCGGCCUUGUUCAGUGUUGACUACGCCGAUAACUACCCGGAAUACGAAGACUUUGAAAAACCAUAGUUGUUGGAUAGAACGUUACUUUGCGGAAUUCCGCGAUCUAUAAUGAAUGUUAGACUUAACUUGCUAUAAUCCGCGAUGAGCUUUCGAAUCUGUACGGUGUAAUUUACAAUUUCUUCAAUCUUUAUACAGAUCGAAUUUUGUCGGACCGCGGUUGAUUGCCUUAUCUGGCGACAGAAGGGCUGGCCCAUUUUUUGCGCAAAGAAUUAGCCUGGCUGUUUAUCGUAGAAGUGCUGCCAACCUCCACACGGGCAUUCCCUUUACAGUAAUUGGCUUAUUUAUAAGUUUUAUUUUAACAUU